AUGGAGCCCUACGAGGAGGAGCAUGCUGGAGUGGAGGAGCAGGAGAAGGAGCAUGAGCACACCCAAGAGAAGAUUGUCAAUGAAGAGUACAAGACAUGGAAGAAGAAUGCGCCUUUCCUCUAUGAUAUGAUUCUCAGUACAGCUCUUGAAUGGCCCACACUCACUACUCAGUGGUUACCUGAUGUGCAAGCUGUUCCCGACAAGCCAUAUUCGACUCAUCGUUUGCUUAUUGGCACCCACACCGCUGGUGAUGCUCAAAACUAUCUUCAAAUUGCCCAUGUCCAACUCCCAAAUGCCAACGCUCCUAACCCUGAUGACUAUGACGAGGACAAGGGCGAGAUCGGCGGCUAUGGGGGUGGCUCGAAGAAGUCGCCCAUGGAAAUCAAGUUCAACAUUGUCCAGAAGAUUGACCACCAGGGAGAAGUCAACAAGGCCCGCUACCAACCACAGAAUCCGAAUAUCAUUGCGACCAUGUGUACGGAUGGCCGGGUGAUGAUCUGGGAUCGCUCAAAGCACCCGAGCAUGCCCACGGGGACUGUAAACCCUCAGAUGGAGCUCCUGGGUCAUGAAGCGGAAGGUUUUGGUCUGAGCUGGAACCCUCACGAUGCUGGCCACCUCGCAACCGGUAGUGAAGACAAGACGGUCCGACUCUGGGACAUAACUACAUACACCAAGGGCAACAAGGCCGUCAAGCCCACCCGUACCUACACACACCACUCCUCGAUCGUCAACGAUGUCCAACAUCACCCCCUGCACUCGUCCCUGAUUGGUACCGUCUCCGACGAUAUAACGCUCCAGAUCAUUGAUGUGCGCAAUGCGGACAGCACUCGGGCUGUUGCCUCCGUUGGAGGUGAGCACCGGGAUGCCAUCAACUCAAUUGCCUUCAACCCUGCUUCAGAGACGAUCUUGGCCACUGGAUCUGCCGAUAAGACCAUUGGCAUUUGGGAUUUGCGAAACCUCAAGGCCAAGCUGCACUCUCUAGAGGGGCACACCGACUCGGUGCAAUCAAUUGCUUGGCAUCCCUUCGAGGAGUCCGUGCUGGCUAGCUCCAGCUACGACCGGAAGAUCAUGUUCUGGGAUCUCAGUCGCGCGGGAGAGGAGCAGACUCCCGAGGAUGCCCAGGAUGGACCGCCAGAACUUCUAUUCAUGCACGGUGGACACACCAACCGCAUCUCCGAUUUCAGCUGGAACCUCAACGACCCCUGGGUCCUUUGCUCGGCCGCCGAGGACAACUUGCUGCAGGUAUGGAAGGUUGCGGAUGCAAUCGUGGGCAAGGAUCUGGAUGAUGUACCCACGGAGGAGCUGGAGGCAUGA